AUUUCUUCGUACAAACCUUCCUCUCUAAAUCAGUCGAUCGAUGGCUUCCUCAUUUCUUUCCUUUCUCCUCCUGUGUUCUCUUCUCUUCUUCAUUUCUCCUUCAUUAGCUAAAACACCAUUUCGCCCUAAAGGUCUUCUCCUUCGAGUCACGAAAGACUCAUCAACAAGCCAAUAUUUAACUCACAUAAAACAAAGGACCCCUUUUGUGCCCUUAAAAGUGACUGUUGAUCUUGGAGGUAAAUUCCUCUGGGUCGAUUGUGAAGAUUAUAUCUCUUCCUCAUAUAAGCCUGUAUCAUGUGAUUCCAAGCUCUGCACUUUAGCUAAUUCACAUUCCUGUACUUCUGAAUGUUAUUCAGCUCCAAAACCAGGUUGCCAUAAUAACACCUGUGACCAACUCUUCUAUAACCCAGUGAGUCGCGUUAGCAGCAGCGGUCAAAUUGGUCAAGAUAUUCUGUCUCUAGAAUCCACUGAUGGAAGGAAUCCUGGAAAAUUAGUAUCAGUACCUAAUCUUGCUUUCACUUGUGGUUAUACCUCAAGUUUAGAAAGUCUAGCCAAUGGAGUUAAGGGAAUAGCAGGUUUUGGAAUAAAUAACAUUUCACUUCCUUUUCAGUUGUCUUCUGCUUUCAGGUUACAAAAGAAAUUCGCUAUGUGUUUAAGUUCUUCACCGCAAGCUGAGGGGGUUAUCUUUUUUGGUGACGGACCUUAUGUGAUGCUCCCAGGAAUUGAUUCUUCAAAAAUCCUGUCUUACACUCCACUUCUCAUCAAUCCUGUUAGCACUUCAGGGGCUUAUUUCGCUGGCGAUGCGUCUGUUGAAUAUUUCAUUAGAGUUAAAUCCAUCGAGAUUAACGAAAAACAGGUUAAGAUUAACAAGAAAUUGUUGUCCAUCACUGAAGAAGGGAAAGGUGGAACUAAGAUCAGCACCGUUAAUCCUUACACAGUGUUAGAGACUUCCAUUUACAAAGCUGUUACUAAAGCUUUUGUGAAGGCCUUAAGUAAGGUGCCUAGAGUUAAAGCAGUAGCACCAUUUGGGGUUUGCUUUAGUGCAAAGCAUAUUGGUGUGACUCGGGUUGGACCAGCUGUGCCGACCAUUGAUCUUGUUUUGCAAAAUAAUGGUACUGUAUGGAGAAUUUGGGGUACAAACUCAAUGGUGAAUAUAAACGACAAUGCGUUGUGUCUGGCAUUUGUUGAUGGUGGAGCAGAUGCAGAGACCUCCAUUGUUAUUGGUGGGCAUCAGUUGGAAGAAAAUCUUUUACAGUUUGAUUUUGGUUCCAAGACGCUUGGUUUCAGCGGCCCUUUACCCUUUUGGCGGACAACCUGCGCCAACUUCAAUUUUACAUCAGUCUAAUAAUUAAAUUACUCCAUAAUAUGUCCACUUGAAUUUAUAAUAAUUAAUAAAAACUAGUAAUUGCAACAACUUGUUCUUGUGCACUUUUUUUGAGGUUCA